AUCGCGAAUUGUGCUUUAUUUUGCUUUGAUUGAGGUUCCCUCCAGUGCCUCUAAGUCCGUUGUUGGGAAUCCUUGUAAAUUAUUUCAAAACGUUUUGUGCCGACCGACAAUUAUUGGGGUUGACUUCUCACAAGGAACUGUCAAUUGUUACAUUUUUUCGAUACAUUCAUUUCUUAUAUCAAUAAAUAUUAAUUAGCCGUACACGUAUAACGUUAUUUGGUACAAGAUUUGCAGGCUUCGUGGUGAUUUGUGUAACAAAAAUGAUUUUGAGAUAAAUUGUAUAAUAGUGCAGUGGUAAUAGUAACGCAGUGAAGAAAAAAAUAGCAAUAUAAUAUAUAAAAGAAGUGACAAAAGUGUUGUUGUGUUGGAUUGUGUUAUGGAGACGCGUCGCUGGCUGAUGUCGCGGAAGCUGUGGUGACAUGGGCUGCGCUGCGGCCCCGACAGACGCUGGACACAGGGAGUGAGCUGAGUGCUGGGCAUUGCGCCUGCACAACAAGUCUUGUAUUAUGAAUAAGCGUGAUAAUAGCAAGGACAAAGAACGACAGAGUGAAGACAAAAGAACAUCCGCAACCGGUGCGGUGGGCGGGCGUGGAGUGGGCGGCAGCAGCGCAAUGCAUACGUCGAGGCAUUCCGUCACCUCGUCUUCGGGCGUUCUUAUGGUGGGGCCUAAUUUCCGCGUCGGCAAAAAGAUCGGCUGCGGAAACUUUGGCGAACUUAGGCUCGGCAAAAAUCUCUACAACAAUGAACAUGUAGCGAUUAAGAUGGAGCCUAUGAAAUCAAAGGCUCCACAAUUGCAUCUAGAAUACCGAUUUUACAAGUUAUUAGGCACGCAUGCGCCGUCGACUGCGGAGGGCAUACCGGAGGUGUAUUACUUCGGCCCUUGCGGUAAAUACAACGCACUGGUGAUGGAACUGCUGGGCCCGUCACUCGAGGAUCUCUUCGAUUUAUGCGGCCGUCGAUUCUCUCUAAAGACUGUAUUAAUGAUCGCUAUGCAGUUGUUACAUCGUAUCGAGUAUGUCCAUACAAGACAUCUCAUAUACCGAGAUGUAAAACCGGAAAAUUUUUUAAUAGGUAGAACUGCAACAAAAAGGGAAAAAAUCAUUCACAUCAUUGAUUUUGGUUUGGCCAAAGAAUAUAUAGACUUAGAGACAAACAAACAUAUCCCAUAUCGGGAACACAAGUCACUCACGGGGACUGCGAGAUACAUGUCAAUAAAUACACAUUUAGGAAAAGAACAAUCAAGACGCGACGACCUAGAGGCUCUUGGGCAUAUGUUUAUGUAUUUUUUACGUGGUUCCUUACCCUGGCAGGGUUUAAAAGCUGAUACACUUAAAGAGCGAUACCAAAAAAUUGGUGACACCAAACGAGCGACGCCUAUAGAGGUGCUAUGCGAGGGCCAUCCCGAGGAGUUGGCGACGUACUUACGCUACGUGCGCCGGCUCGACUUCUUCGAGACGCCCGACUACGACCAGCUGCGGCGGAUGUUCCGCGAUCUCUUCGAGCGCCGCGGCUAUGUCGACGACGGCGAGUUCGACUGGACUGGCAAGACCAUGUCAACACCAGUGGGUUCGAUCCAGACGGGACAUGAGAUAGUAGUCUCACCCAAUCGCGACAGUCAUCAGCCCUUUCAUAAGGAUGAUUUGUGUGAUUAUAUGAUUGGUUUGGUUGAGGACGAUGAGGCGGCGCUUAUAUCCGGAGAGAUGGCAGCGCUGGCGAAGACGAAGGAUUUCGGUACAGGUGGUACGGCGAACACGGGCGGUAACUGGCCACACAGCGGGAAGGCGACGCCACUUAAUACUGGCCAUCUCACGCCCGCAGACAGACACGGAUCUGUGCAGGUGGUGAGUUCAACGAACGGCGAGCUAGGUGCAGAUGACCCGACCGCGGGCCAUAGCAACACUCCAAUAACCCAGCCGCACCACGAAGUCGACGUGGUAGACGACACCAAGUCAGUGUUCCAACUACAAUCUGUGUAUUCCAGAUGCUGUUGUUUCUUCAAACGCAAAAAGAAGAAGUGCGCGGCGCGGGCCGGCAAGUGACGCGAGUGCGCGUGACGCCCCCCACCCCCUCGCCCCCUCUCCCCCCUCGCUCCCCCCUCACGCCCGCACCGCCCGCACCCCCAGUUGCUCCCCUUAUACGUACUAUACACAUGUACUUAUAUCUAUCUAACUAUCAGUCUACUGUCGCUAGCUCGUUUUAUUCACGACCGUUUUUUGAUGGUACGGAACUAAGUAACAGUAAAAUUAACUUCCAAAUACGCUUACGUUGAAUGCCUAGAAUACCCCCAGCGUGUCGCCCGGUACACUGGGCGUAUUCAUAUCGCGGUAAGUAACACGCUAGACUAAGAUAAGUUUCUUGAACUCUUUAACAAAAUCUUCUGAAGGCUACUACAGCCUAUGUGUUGAGAUUAAGACUCGUGUUAAUGUCGGCUCGAGCUAUAGUGCGGUGCAGUGAAGACGGUUAAAAUAUUCUAGAACAUUUUUGGUGAUUGACAUAUUUUUGUUAUGUAGUAUAAUUGUUAACAAGAGUUGUAAGGAAUCAAGAGAGAUAGUUGAUGCGUUGUUAUUAGUUGUAAAGUAAAUAUAUAUCUGCACCGCACUAUAGCCCGAGCCAGUGUAUAUCGAGCAACUGGGUUAAAGUUUUAAUGUAUGAAAAUUUAUUGCCGAUUUAUUUUAACAAUCGUAUGCUACCCGAUCCUCGAUUAUCAGAAUUUUAUUCAAUAUUAUUUUAGAUUUUGUAAUUUUGAGUAAUCCAUAAUGCUAACUCAUUAUACGAAGCUAUCAUAAGUUUUAGUUUCAUUUUGACCUUACGCGUAACAAAGGUGCAUAAAAAUGUAUUGAGUGGUUGGCAAAUCAUAUAUUUCAGAAUAUAGUAACUAUACAAAACGUUAUAGCCGUAUGUACCAGUUAUAUACCUUUAUUGCGUUAAUUGUUAAUAAAUAAAGGACACUUCCAUUUAGAUACUCGGAUGCAUUGAAGUAAAACAUUACAAUUUUCUGUUGUCACUACUAUUAGUAUUGCGUAAGAAAUAGUAUUUGUCAACAGAGUUGAUCUAGACGCGGUCAUACCACAUUACUAGGAAAUGGAUAGUCUGUUAGUUACUCUUAACUUAGAUAAAUCAUACAUACACUGAGGCAGCGUCCAUCCCUCACUUGUGGACAUUGUGCUGCUCUGUCGCUGAACUCUCAUAUUCCGUUCUUCCUGUAGUUUCGAACUAAGACAGUCGAGCCUUCGGUCAGGUUGUUAAAACUGAUGUCAAUUUAAUAGUUAUCGCUUCGGAGCGGACCUCACAUACCACUGUAAUACAUUGCUGAUGAUGCAGUUGUACACGGGCGUUUAAUAUUAGCAAUAAAUAAGUUUGAAGUGAAGCCAUGUGCGGUUGGCUGAAUAUUUAAUUUUUGUGUUCCCGUCCGUAGUGAAUUACGUUUAAUUUUCACCAAAACUUGUAAAUUGUAUGUUGUCUCUGUGGAGACGUGAGAUUUACUGUACCUCACCGACAUCGCUUGCAUUAUGUUCAUGGCCACUCGCAUCGAUGAUGUCCAUUCCAGCUCAUAGUUCGAACAAAUCCACAGAUUUGUACAUUAGGUCGUUCGUUCAUAAUUCAUCAACACCCCUAGUUUAACUACUACUUACCGACUAGUUGUAUAUCGCUUUGUUCCGUAUAAAUAAAGCAGUGAAAUAUUAUUUUUGUACGUUUGCGUUCAAUUAGUACGGCGGCUGUCUCGCCGGCAGCCGCUAUUGUGACUUUGUAAUAAGUUUGCGUGUUGAUGAAUUUCGUCUGUCGACGCUGUGGGUUGAAUGUGGCGCACUCCGGGCCGUGAGCGGCGCUUGAUGAUCAACUGUGUGUAUUGAUGAAGUACUGUGUUACGGCUCGCCCGCGAACUGAUCGUCUCCUCGGGUACAAUACUUUCUUCCUAGGUUUAAUUUAUCUUUUACCGCAGCGUAGGACUGCGAGUCUCAUUUCUCAUGUAGUGCCUGAGUGGGGUUCAUUCAACCUACCGCUUGUAUGAGUACUUUAGAUUAUAACUUUAUUUAGUCAUUGUUUACCUAAGUUCGAUUUGUAUGGAAACGAAUAUAAUAAUAUUUAAAUUGGCUCCGUUCCUAUAGUGACGCCACAUAAUUUCCUAUCUUUAUUUAUAUCUAUUAUUAUAGUUUUUUAAGAGAUAACCAGAAAUUUAUUAAAAUAAGAGAUACAAUGUAAGUAACAAUUUACUUUUUCAAUACAUGCUUUUGUGACAAACAUGACCAUAUUGACGUUUGGUUAAUUCGAUAAAUGUUAUUAUUAAGUGUGCAAUAAUUUAUAUAGAGAAUCAAUACAAUAGUGUUAAAACGUAAUUUGUUUCAAUCGGUGUACCCCGUCGAGUCCCGAGUGAACUGGCUUCUAUAUUCCUACAAGACUGAAUGAAACAUUUCACCUUGUGUACAAAACACGUGGCUCUGGGCUCAUGUCAAUUUGUAUUAAUGCGACUCACUUUUGUUUGAUUGUUGUUCUUCGAUCGAAGUAUAUCAUUUUGAAUAGACUAAUUGGUAAAUGGAUGAAUAGUCAGUGGGAGUGUUAUCGGUGAUGACGCGCUGCUGUCAUUCCAAAGUAUUGGUCAGUUCCGGGACAGUCGAGGUGUUUAGUCAUUUGUUGUAGUGGUACAGAGGGCGGCCGCGACUGUCACUGCGGUCAUCUAUUUAUAGGAGUCGAAUGCGACGAGACUGAGAUCAUGGGUAGCGCGUCCUUACCGCCGCCCGCGUGGACCCACCAGACGAUCACUUGUUACAUGUUAUAUACGAUGUCUACGGCACGAGAUCUAGUGGCCACGCGACCGAGGCGGUCGCUAAGACGAUGGUGUAUAAAUUGUACAGCUUUAAAAAAAAAAAACAUUUGUAUAUUUUUGCUUGGACUGGAAGCGGCAAGGUUUCGACAAGCGUGAUUUGCGUAGGAGUAAGAUAUUGCAGAUGUCAUUAUAAUCAGCGGGUGUCGCAACAGUAUACCGAAUUGUUUUCAAGUAAUCGUAUGUUCUGAUAUAUACAUAGGUACAUAUUUUAUACCAAAAGUAAGUUGCGCAGUUCGCUGGUGUUACUGGCAUCGUCGUAAGGUAUUUUGAAUUAGUCACGGAUAUGUAGUCAUCACAAAAUUGUAUCCAAUCAAUGCAUUAGAAGUUAUUCAUUUGGCUAAGUACGUUUGAAGUGUUUUAUAACAUAAAAAAAUAAACAUCUUGUUGUGUCGUUUUCAUAUUUUUUAGAAGAGUAUAGUUAAUGCGAAUAUUGUCGAUAUGUAAAAGGAAAUUUUUAAAUCAAUUCUUUAAAUAAUGGUUUUUGAUAAAUUAUUGUAAACAAAUUGAAGUAUUCUUCUCGUUAAAUGGAUCGUUAAUAUUAUCGUACAACCAUUGCAGUAUAAUCGAGUGUAAUAAACCUUGUAACUUAAUACAUGAGUAAUACCAUAAUUGUACCUAAUUGUUACUUUCUAUUUGCUAGAUAGAAUAAUCAAAUUAGUUUGGGUAUUAAAAUCGAAGUGGAGAUGCGUGAAUUGGAUGAACGAACGAGUCUUCGUGUGUGUAUAGUGAAUGUUUUAAGUAACUUUAUUGUUGAGUAAAGAGAAGUAUGUCAGGUCGCGCCGCGCACCGGUGUAGUGUACCUCUCUCGGGAGCAUUGUAUGUAUAUUGUCUAAUUAUCACGGUACGUCGGAGUCGUCAAGCGUGGACCGUCACUGCUAACAUUCACAACUACUAUCGUGACUAAAGUGUAUUCGAGAAUAUUGAAUAACUAAGUUAUAUGCACAUUUAUUUUAUUGCAUACUUCGACUUAAAUUUCUGCUAUGUAAAAAUGGAACAUAACAUGAUUAUUUAUUGUGAAGGCUGCACCAAAACUUAGGUAGGUGUGUCAGCGACGCGAUCCGUGCAGCGUCCUUCAGCUCUCGUGGAUAAUCACUCGUGUAGUUAAUUUAAUUUUAAAACUUCGCUUACUAAGUAAGUCAUGUUCAGUCGGCUUGUGGAUGCACGAGGAAGAUAUAUGAAUUGUAGUUAUUAACUUUAUGUAUUAUACAUGCUUUUCCAACAGAAUUGAAUGUAAAAGUAAGUAUAAAGAAUAAAAAUAAUAUUCAUAGAAACAAUUCUGUGUUUAUUUUUCUGUAAGAUGGUAAAUAUGGGAUAUGUAUUCAGUUAAUGUCACAAACCUUGUUCGAAAUUACGAAAAUAUUUGUUAAUUCAUAAUUAAAUAAAGCUUAUUAUAAGAUA